GUGUUUCCAGAAGCUUUUGAUUAGAAAACAUUACAAGCUACAUGACGCAAAAUUUACCUAUUUCCUCAAUAUCAACCAAAUCAACAUCCAGCCCUCCUCGCUGCAUUAUAAAAUCCUUUGAGUACAAACUCCCGAAAUAAUAUUAUACGAUGGCCGACGACAGUACGCCGAGUAUUCCAACAGCGACCAACACUCCUAUCGCUCCAGUUGCCAUAUUCAAAAAACGAGGCGCAAAGGGGAAAGCCAAUAUCCGAAAACGCCCAGCGACACCACCGCCUGCCGACAGCGACAGUGACGAUUAUACAUCAUCCGAAGACGAAUCAGGACAACGGGUCAUGCGACGCAAGAAGAAUACUGCGGUAGUGACAGCUUCAUCCAAGGAUAAUGUAACACGAACCGACCGAAAUCACGGCGCCACCGUCUUCGAAGCCGAUCGUAAUGUACCUAUCACAAGUACAAACGAUGCUACAAAACAGACAAAUUGGUUUGAUGAGGACGCAAAUCUACUAGGAAAGACGCGACCUCUCCCCAAAUCCAAAGAUGCAACGGCAGACCCUUCCAUACAACCCGAUGGGACCUACAAAGGCCUCGCCAACCAGACCAAAUUCAUACAGAAAAAUCCGAAUGCGCCCAAUCGGACGGUUGGGCCUAUUAAGGCUGCCACCAACAUCAGGACCAUCACAGUCACCGACUUCGCGCCUGAUGUAUGCAAAGACUACAAGCAGACAGGCUUCUGUGGGUUCGGGGAUAACUGCAAGUUCCUGCAUGCUCGUGAGGACUACAAACAAGGUUGGCAGCUAGAUAAGGAUUGGGAAAACGUAAACAAGGGGAAGAAAACCCUAGGCGGAAAAGUAAUGGCCAGCGCCAAUCGCGGCGCGAAUGCCGACGAAGCUGACGUUGACGCAGCCGAAGAAGCUUUACUAGAGAAGAUACCGUUCGCUUGUAUCAUCUGCAAGGGGCCGUAUAAGGAGCCCAUUGUGACUAGAUGUCAACACUACUUCUGCUUGCCGUGCGCAUUACAGAGGUAUAAAAAAGAUCCGAGCUGUGCUGCCUGCGGCGCGGGUACGGGAGGUGUUUUCAAUACUGCGAAGACGCUGGCCAAAUUAUUAGAGAAGAAAAAGGAACGACAAGCGAAGAAGCGACAGAAAGCGAUUGAAGCAGGGGAAGACGUAUCCGACGAGGAAGAGGUGCCGGGGAAGUGAUUAGUUGGUUACAGUUCCAUGACGAAAUCAGUACAAGAUAGCCUUGAAGUUACUCGAAGCUAAGAUAUUGGCAAGCUACAUAGGCUAUAGUACAUAUCUAAACAGUCGAGAUAUCUGGCCCGAGGCUACUUUCGGUAACAGAUACUACCUUCAAUGUUCAAGCGGCUGAGAACUGGAUAUUAUAGCAGUACCUAAAGUGCCGCUCAUCCCUUACUUCGCAGCUCGGCACUAUAUGUUGGACAUCGGUACACCUCCUCGAACUUAGUCGAUGCCCGAGCAAGUAAAACAGCUUUUAUAGAAAUCCAGAUUUUAUCUAAAAUGCCCUUUUUAGAACGUAUAUUCAGU